UGACAUUGUUGUUCCUCCCAGGAAAUGGAGGAUCCCCUAACAGACUCCAGCCCACUCAUCGGCGCAGCCUCCUCUGGGAAGCUUCGUCUUGUCCGCCUGCUGGUGGAAGGUGGAGCUCAGGUGAAUGGGAGGAACCACAGAGGAGAGACGGCUCUCCUCGCUGCCUGCAAGGCCCUGAGAGGAGAACCAGAAGGAAAGGAGAGUGUGAAACUACUGCAAUUCCUGCUGCAGAAUAAGGCAGAUCCCAACAUGCAGGACCAGGAUGGUCGCUCUGCCCUAAUGUACGCCUGUAUGCAGAGAGCAGGAGCUCUGGUGGCGUCCACCCUCGUAGCUGCAGGAGCUGACCCAAGCAUGGAGGACGGCACUGGAGCAUCAGCCUUGGUUUACGCCAUCAAUGCACAGCACCAACCCACACUGCAGGUGCUAAUAGAUUCAUGCCGGGCUAAAGGUCGUGACAUCAUCAUCAUUGCUACAGAGAUGGGCCUGAGCAGAGGCCCGGUGACCAGGCGUUACCUGAACGUCCCCCCGUCUCCGGACUCCUCGCCUGUGUCCUGCAUGUCCCCGUCUGAAAUCAUUGUAAAGACCGGCUCGCCGAAGUCAUCCGAGGGAGGAAACAUCUUUAAUUUCAGAGGAAUGAGUAAACAAGGAAACAGCAGCAGCAGACGUUCAUCAUGUGAGCUGAGUCGGCUGAACCUGAGAAGCAGUCCAGCUUCCAGGCAGAGGGUAUCGUCCGAACCUUGGCUGGCCAUCAACAACCUGGACUCUCUGAACAGGGCGUAUGAAGAGGGAAUAAGGGAGAGGAGCCUGGAGGUGGAAGGAGAUAUCCUGGACUUAAAGGAGCAGGAAAGCAGAAAUGAAGAUGCAGAUGAGGAGCUUUAUUUCCAAAGUGGGAAAGAUGUGAUGCAAAGACAGGAUCUUGGAUUUAAAGAGAAGGAUCAUGAAUGCUGGAGUGAGGACUCAGUCCUUUCACUAACUGAGAAGAGCUUGACUAUAACAGACAGGGAGACAUCUGCUCGGUGUCAUUGCCGCAGGAACACCCUCCCCUCCGUCACCGUGCUCCCACCUCCAGUUCACCUCCCUCCUCUAAAAAAGUAUCCAGAUUCUCACCUGCAGGUUCCGGCUAAUAUUUUCCCAAGUAAAAGCAGCUGCAUGUUGUUUCAGCCUCACCCCCCCAGUUCCCCUCCUCCAUCCUCAGUAUCUGCCAGAGCAGCCUUGCUUCCUCUGCUACCCCUCACCUCGUCUCUGGUCGCUCCUCCUGGCUGCAGCCGUAGUGAGAGGAGCAGGAGGUCACUGCGUCGUCACUCAGCGCAGUUUGAGCAGAAUCAUUUGGACUUCUGAGGCUCCAUCCUACCAGAACAGUCUGGUUUCAUUCAUUUAAAGCAAACAUUGACAUAACCUGUGCAGUUUGCAGCCUUUUCUUGCAUUAAUAGGUCUUCUGUUGUCCUGCAUUAAAUAAGGUUAACAGUUUCAACUUCAGUUAAACCUCUGUUUGUGCAGCCCAAUAGGAAACGGCAU